AUAGCAGCUGGCAUUAUGGUGAAGAUAAAAAUUUUGACCCGACGAGAUCGUGAAGGGGAAAGAGCUACCAAAAUGUCUGAACAUAAGGACCGCAACCAAAACUGUAGUUCAGUGACCAGUGGCCCAGCUUGUGUGACCGCGACAGAAGAGAAUGGACAUCUCAGUGCAGAUGACACCCUCAAGAAUGGAGUUACUCCCGAAAAUAAUAUCCCAUCAAGCAACAGUAAUACACAACAGUCAGUGCAGUCCAACAGAGUUAACUCCCCUAAUUCAUCGCGGCCAUCGGUGAACCAUAGAUCGGGCUCGCCUAACAGCUAUUCGGGAUCAAAUGCACAUUCGCGGGGUGGGAGCCCGCAGACGGGUAGUUCGGGGGGUCAGUCGGGUAACUCCCCUCCAAAUCAUCAACACGUGGUGCAUGUACACGUCAACCCAGGAGAAACAUUCUCAGUCCGACUUGGAGAUCAAAUUCAGCAUAUUCAAGGCCCAGCAACUGUGAGGAUGGUGUCCAACAAUGGGCCACCAUUACCCAUGCCAAUGCAGGUGCCGCCUGGUCACAUGGUGCAACAAAUAGUUGAUGAAUACGGAAUUUUAACGCAUGUCAUCCUAUCUCCACAACCUCCAGUUCCUGGAAGCCCAAUGACGGGAGGACCAAACAGUGCAUCCCAGUAUUACCCCAACCCAUAUGGGCCCCACUACACAACCCACCCACAGUACACCACCCACCCACCUCACCACCACCCACAUGCGGUCCCCCCUCACAUGCAUUCUGGAAUGCCCCACAUACAGACCCCGCCCCAACACAAUCACUGUAACACUCAUGCACCGGUCCACUCCUCAGGACCAAGCCCCCCUGUCAAUUCACCAGAAGAUCGGAACAUGCGACAGAGAUCAAAAGUAAGAAAGAAACUGGAGCGGAGGAGGACGGACGGCUACUACCAGCAGACGCGCCCACCCACAAGGCGGAGAGGGAACCCUGGGGUGAACGGAGAGGUCCAUACAAGCAACAGCGUGUCUAACAUGUCCACGUCAGAAAAUGGACCCACAGAAUCCGAGGAAGAUAAUUCCUUAGUUAUACAGAGUCUCUCAAAUAUGUCCCCUCCUAAGGUGACCGAUAUUGAGGCGAGAAGUGCCUUGAUACAAAUAUCCCCCCCAGAUGUAGAAAGUAGUGACAUUGAGCUUGACCAGUCCGAUUUUAAAUAUGAAUUGCUCCUCUCCGACAAGGGCCGUGAUACAAAAUACAAACCUGUCUAUAAGGGAGAUGCCACUGAAAUAACAUUAAAAGAUCUGAAACCUGCAACGGAGUAUCACUUACGGGUUUGUACUAUACUCCAUGAUGACCUCAAAGGUAACCAGACUGACAGCGUCAGCUUCCGAACAGCGUUCUGUGAACCGGAGGCUCCUCAACCGCCAAAACUUGUGUCAAAGACGAGAAAUAAUAUACAGCUGAAGUGGGCUGCCACCUGUGAAAAUGGAUCAAAGAUAUCAACAUACACACUAGAGUAUGAUCAGGGUAAUCGGGAUGGGAAUUUUGUUGAGAUCUACAAUGGUCUUCAACGCCAAUAUCGUGCGAAUAAACUUCAAGCUUCCACAAGGUACACAUUUAGGCUUGCGGCAAUCAACAGCAUAGGGAAGAGCCCGUUCAGCGAGCCUGUGAGCUUCUACACGAGUGGGAGCAUACCAUCCCAGCCUGACCCUCCGAUGUUGUCCGAACCCUUCGUCUAUGCUCUCACAGUGUCAUGGAUCAAGAGGCCAAAUGAUGAUGAGUUUUUAUUACAAAUGGAAGAUGAAGCUACGGGUCAUGGUUUUUUGCCUGCAUACAAUGGUCCAAACCUUUCAUGUACAAUAAAGAAUCUUAGACGGAAUACUGAGUACAAAUUCAAGCUAGCUGCCAAAAAUGAUGAAGGUCAAAGCAAGUGGAGUGAUAUAGUGGCCCAUAGGACACUGCCGGAGCGCCCCACUGCUCCACCCAAACCACAGAUCAAAGGAAAGAUAUUUGCUCACAACUUCAGGGUCAUAUGGGAUCCACCUGCUGACUCAGGAGGUUCAGAAAUCACCAAGUUUGUUCUUGAACUUGAUGAUGGAGAAGGUUAUGACAUAGUCUACGAGGGGUCAGAGAGGGAGCAGAUGUUUGACCACCUCGUCCCUGGCCACACAUAUCGCGUGAGGGUUGCAUGCUACAGUUUAGGGGGUAGGAGUGAGUUUUCCGACUGUUGUGUAGCAAUAACACAACCAAUAUGUCCUGGACAGUGUCACCCUCCCAAACUGCAGGGCAAACCUAAAGCAACAUCCUUGCAUCUCCGAUGGAGUUAUCCUAGCUAUGAUGGUGGCUCCUCUGUGACGUCCUACGCAGCUCAAAUGAUCACACCGGAUAACACCACGAGGGAGGUGUACCGGGGACAUGAUUUAGACUGCAUCGUGGCAGGGUUGUCCCCAGGAAGACCAUAUCUCUUUCAAGUCAGAGCUUUCAAUAGGGCAGGGGGUGGGCCAUGGUCAGACCCCUUGGAAGUGGUGAGUGGCGCGGGAGUCCCCGACCCGCCCAAGGCACCCCAGGUGAACUGUCGCUCACCACAUAGUGCAAUAAUCUCGUGGGAAGAGCCCUUCAACAACGGUGCUAUGAUUUCAGAGUAUAGACUUGAGUGGCAGCAGCGGGCUGACAACAAUGAGUUCUCUCAGUUAUACUUGGGUCCAAAUUUGAGUUAUGAGGUGAAGGGUCUCACACCAGCAACACUGUAUUCCUUCAGGGUUCAGGCAAUCAACAGUGCUGGUUCCGGCCUCUACUCGUCCUCGUCCUCCUGCGUCACACCUCCGUCUAGUCCAGCGUCCAUUGUUGCAAUCAAACCUUACAUCACAGCCACGUCUAUCAUGCUGAUGUGGAGGGAGCCCCAUAAUAACGGCAGUGACAUCAUCUCAUACAACAUUGACAUUGGUGAAAAACAGCUCCUCUCCAUCGAGCCCGUCACAGAAUACACAGUUGAAGACCUCCUGCCAGAGACCACAUACAGAAUCCGCAUUCAGGCCGUCAACAGCAUUGGUGUCGGAACUUUCAGCACCCCGGUUAAAGUAACAACUAAAGCUUUGCCUCCAAAUCCUCCAAAGAUUGAGUGUGUCAAUGUGGCCCCCAACAGCCUGAAGCUGAAGUGGGGUGAUGGUCGAAACCCAGAUAUGAUCACUUAUCAUCUGGAGAUGGAGAAGGACGAUGGAAGUUUUCAGACAGUGUACAGUGGACCUGCUCACAAUCACAAAGUGAAUCGCCUGACUGAGCUGACAAGCUACGAGUUCCGCAUCUACGCGUGCAAUGAAGCUGGCCAGGGUCCGUACUCGGACACUUACACGUUCUCCACCACAAAAGCACCCCCGCCUGCAAUGCAAACACCGUCAGUGAGCAAGUUGAGCCUGACUAGCUGUGUUGUGGAGUGGCAGAGUUGCCGACAGAUGGGCAGUGACACCAUCGUGUAUCUCCUGCAGGUACAGAGGGUGGACAGCCACGACCAUGAGUACAAACAGGUUUACCGGGGACCAAACACGCAGUUCAUGCUAGAAAAUUUGCAGCCAAAAUCGGAUUACCAUGUGCGUGUGUGUGCUAUUCGACAAUGUGACAGUGGACUUGGAGACAUAAUGGGUGCAUAUAGUCAAGGCAGGGGCUUCUCCACACUGAGCCCUCAGCCCACCAAACAGGCCACAACUAGAGUCGAGAACAACAGCAAACUAGCCGAGCCAAAGCCACUAACUGACCAGCAAUGGGCAACCAUUAUUUUUGUAGGCUUUGUGAUCGUAGCCUUCGUCAUUGCCUUCGUGACACAACAAGUGAUAAACAUGAGGCAUUCGAGCCGUUGAUGCUUGUUGUGAAUCACAAGAAGAGGCGAUUGUAAAUGUAUGAGAGGAUCCCAAAGGAACAGCCAAGGACAGGCAUCCUAGGAAACCCUAAGACCCGACUGUUUCACAGAAGUUCAUCACAGUUCACUGAAAAGAAUUUGCUUCAAGUUUAGUGCUAACAGAGUACAGAAAGUCGGAAGAGUAAAUUCAUGUUGUUUUCCACAAGUGGUCGAAAGAAAAGGUAUCACUACUGAUGCCAUGACACUCACAAGAUGAAGAUAAUCAUAUGAUCAUGCCACUUAUAAUACCUGUUGCAUAACUUACAACAUUACAGGCAGAUUGCUUAGAUUUGAGAUGUGCUCCUAGAAUGAAGGGUCCAAAAUUUGCGUGUCAAGUGACACUGCUUGCUCUGACAGAACUGAGAGGUGAAAUGACGAUUGUGGAAAGAAAUACUGUGUAUAAUAUCAUGGGUUGUUGUCCCUUAAUGCCAGCUGCUCAAGUGCUUAAACUCAAGUCCAAAAAGCAUCACAACAGUGGUAGCAUUUGGACUGCUGUAGCAUGAACAGCCUAAUCUUGAGGACAAAUUGUUUCAAGACGUUGUCGUUCGGUCAUUCAAUGUUGUUAAUUUUUGACUGUAUGUCGGCUGACUUGUGACAUUUGCUGGUCUGAAACUUCGACCUGAAGCUGCUUUGCAUACCUGGGGAAAGAGGAAUUUCUUCCAUGACAUUGAAGAUGUUAUUGAUGACAGUGAAUCCUCAGUGGUGAACUGCUAUUCUAAUUGUUUUUGUUGUUGAGAACUGCAUGGUGUUAAACCGAUCUGCAUUUACAUUUCAUCAAAAGUUACACAUGAGGUAGAAUGGAUUUUUAUGUACAUAAUUAGAGAUGCCAAGAUAAUUUUAGCCAAUUCCUGUUUCCAUCUGCUUGUAUUGUGUGAUGGGGGGUAUCUUUCCUACACAUGUGUGUACCAUGUAUAUUAUCCAAACAAGUAAUUUUAUUUUUGACCUACUCACUUGUUAGAGAGAUGAUGUGUUCACAAGCUAGUCAUUCUAAUAUUCUUGUUAUAUGGUGGUCCGAGCCCCAAAAUAUGGCUGCCGUUAUUGUACAGAUCGACAAAUACUUAUUUUCAUUCUAAACUAUAAUUGUAUGUAUGUACGUACGUAUGUUAAGUGUGUAUGUGUAUCAGCGAGACUCAUCGGUCUAAUUGCUUAAUUCACAAGAAAAAAAAUCUGUCAAAAACAUCUCAAUGUUCUCACAAUUUUGCAAAGCAUUGGAUGUGUUCAAAUGGUGCUGUACUAUUUCUGUAGCUGAAAAUACAAAUCAUACUUUACGAUGAAGGCUCUGAACUCGGGUGAGUAGGCAUUGGAUCGUUGACCGGUGGUGGACAGGUCAAGCAGACGCAGGUCACCCAUGACCUUGAAGGCAAGGUCAUCCACCAGGUCAACAAAGACAUGGGUAAAAGCUCUGCUUGCACUGUUCAGUCAGGCAUUGUGUAGCUAAAUCAAGUGACACAGUUGAUAUUUUAUGCUUAAUAUCUGUGGGUAUAAAGUCUGUGUCUCCACUAGGCUCUUGUUUUAUUUUAAUGUAGACUUGUAUAGCUUUAUUGGUAUUUUCCUUGUUGAAUUUUAAUAAUGCAAACUGCUUAAACCAGAUCCCUUCGUCAGCAUGACAGCUGGUUAACAAUGAAACAUGCACCAUUCUACUUUCCCAGGGAAGGUUGAUUGGAAGGUGCAUGUGGCAUCUUGUUAACAAAUAUUACUGUUGUCUGACAGGAACUGUUACCAUGGUGAUCUGGCAUGUGAUCCAUCAUCAACGGAAGGGUUCAAUAUGUCAUGGAAGAAUCUACUUAUUCAGCUUAACAAAGUCCAGGGUUUCUAUUGCAAGGUUUCCUCUUCAGUCAGCGGUUAGUGAGGUGCGGAUUUAUGACUUAAAACUCACCAGUCAGUUUCAUUAGGGACCAAGGAUUAUAUAUACACAGCAGGAAAUUGUCCACAUUUUGUUUUGUAUUUUUUUCAUGUUAGUGUCAUUCCUGUAAAGUCAUGUAAAGAAAUGGAAUGAAUUGUGUUUCUCGCCUGAAUGUGAUUAAAUGUGAGAACACAAAUAAUAUGAAAAAAUUACAAAUGAAUCAUUGCUAUGAACCUUGACUGAAGAGGUAGGCUUACGGAAAUCUUAUUUCCUCAAGUGGGAGUACAGGAAUUUGUAGACAUUUCAAACCGGUAUGCCAUCUCCUAGACUGAUGUUUUAACGGAUGAAUCUCUUUUAACAAUGCAGCAAUUGUGUUAAAUUAUUGUGAUAUUGUGUUGUAAAUUAUCAGUUCAUAGUGUCAUCUCAUGCUUACCUUAGGGCAUGGCUACUGUACAUAAUCACUGAUAUUAUUUUUUAUCAUUAAACACAUGGUGAUACAUUCUCAUAGUAAGUUUUUGUUAACUCUCCUGCUCUAUAUUUCCAUACUCUUUGACUAUUUGUUAUGUACUUACGUUAGUCUUUUGCAUGCCUUGCCAUUGUAGUGAUAUCACAUUUGCUGAUAUUUUCAUUGUUGAACUAUGUCUUUAAUGCAAGGAAGAGCAAAGGUACUUAUUUAGGAUGUUAAUCAAAGAUAUCUCUCCCUUUAUUGUGACCAAAGAAGAAAGGCACUGACCAAACCCAUGAGAUGUGAUUGAGGAAACUGAUUUACCAGAUCAGAAUCUAGUCAUGAAAUUGUCAAAAUACUAAUCUUCCCAUCCUAGUGUACAUUCAAAUCUGGAAUGUUCAAAUAAGCUGCUUAAGUGAACUAUCAGGUUCGCUGGUAUAUAUUUCCUUGCAGUUGAAGGCUUAUGUGUAUUAUCAUUUUGUAAAUGCCAUAUAUAUUGUAUUUUUACCUGCAUCUUAAGCAAUUUGUUCAUUUAACAGUCUUAAAGUGAGAAUUGUAUUUACUUUGAUAUUGUUAGUUUGUUUAGAUUAUGAAGAAUAAACAUUUCAGAUGCACACAUCAAUGCACACAUGGUGAUUUCUGCUAAUCUUGAUUGCCUCAUUACCAUGACCCGUCACAGAAUUUCUCCAUGUUCGACAUAGAUUCUGAAAAAAGGACUAUUUUCAAAUGAUCAGUAAUGACAUUCAUAGUACAAUAUCCUAUGAGAAACACUCUUUUGUAGAUGACUUGUCAGAAUAGAAUGCUUUGGGUGCCAUCCAAAAAUCUGAGUUCUGCACAGUGGUGGAACAUUGAAGGUUUUUGGGAGUUCUGGCCCUUGAUCAGAAGGAAGGCAAUACUGCACAGUACUGGCAUCAGUCGGUAACCUUGACAACAAGCCCAUGUUCUAAUAUUGGUUGACUCGUAAACUUUCCAUAUAGUUCUGAUUUUAAAAGGACUCUUUUGAAAAAUUUCCUACAGAAUGAAAAGACUCUUUUGAUGAUCGUUCAUACAGAAUAGCGGGUAGAAGGUUUUGGUCACUUAGAAAUAUGGGAAAACUUGCCUGAUUCAAGUGAUCAUAUAUGUGUACAUGUAACACUGCAUUAGUCCUUAGUCUCAUCAAUGGCUGUGGUUACCUGAACAAAAUGGCAAGCAUCGUUUCCAUCCCAUUGCUAUGGGCAUUAGUAUUCCUUGUUUUUUUAUGUUUCAUUUUUAAUUCUAACAUUUCCACAAUUUUACCCGAAUGCACAAAACUGACUCUCCCAUUUUGCAGCAGUUAAGAAAUUGUUGAGGAGACCAUUAAAAUGCAGAAAAUUGUGGAAAUGUUUUGUACAAAGGACCAGUUUUAUGUACUCCAUUUAAGGUGUAGGCAAGCAACUUGGUGCUACUUUGCACCCAAAUAGUCUCUUUGUUUGUGCAAUCCUCUUCCUCAUCACCAGUUUCUUCCCCUGAAGCCAAACCCUUAUGGUUUGCAAAUGAGAAUUCACUGUUGCUGGUAUGAACUAGUAUGUUGUGUUAAGCCAGGGGAUGGCAUACCAUUGAGUUUUAAAUUACCCAUUGUAUAUACAGUUAAAAGGGUUUGCUCGUUGAUAAUUUUAGUGGAUUUUACCCUGCAAAGUGACUGUGGUUAUUCUGAUCUAAAAUGUAUUGCUCAGUAUGUAACACCAAUAAAAACUUCCCUGAAAUGUGGUAGAAUAUGUUUGGGCUAUUGUCAUAGUGAUGAUUGUCAGAAGCUUGUGCGGAUACAUAUUACAGGUAGAUUUACUUCACAUUUCUGUUAGCAUUGCAUAAGCUGCUUAAGGAAUGAUAUCAGUGUUUUGCAGGGUAAACUGCUGUUUGGGCCAAAAUGAAUUGCAAUUCAGUGACUCCAUUUGGUUACAAUUUCAUUUACACUAUUUUGAGAACUCCUAAAUGCAAUUGUGUAACUUAUGGUAUAAACUAUUGAACUGUCAAUUAACAAUGUAGUCCUCAAAAUAGUCACUAUAUUUAUUCUGUGAUGUUGGGUCAUAAGUAAAUAUAUAUAUUCUAUCAAUAAAAAAGAAGAAAGUU